AUGUCCAAUAAUCUAACGGCUCCAUCUUUAUCUUUAAAGGGUUGGUAUUAUUUAUAUCAUUACGAUAAAGAAAUGGUGGAAGAAGAAUGGUAUGAAACUACUAGAAUGGUUGCGAAACAUACCGAAAAAGAAAACGUAGAAAAAGUUUAUUCGCACACUAAUCCUUUUAUAAGAAAUUUUAUCAGACGAUCUAUUAAAGGAGGAAGAGUUUCGGAAAAUAGAAAAUCAUUUGAAACGAACAAAAUGGAUGAAAUUUGUAACGUAUUAAAGGAAUAUAUUUCACAAACUGACACAGAAAGUAAUAACAUAAUUGAUUUAUUUAAAGAAUACAGUGCAAGCACAAAAGACAAAACGGAGGUUCAUUCGAGACUUAAAAAAACAGAAUGUACUAAACUAAUGGCAUUUGAUGCUAACGGUUUAUACGCUUCCGCCAUGUCGGAUUUAGACAGUGAAUAUCCGAGAGCGGAAAGUGGAAGACCGUUUCUACCAGAAGAAGAAAAAGAAUUUGUAAAACUCUUCAAUAAACAAAAAUUCAGACCUAGAACAGCUAUUUUAACAGUUUGGUUUGAAUAUCCCAAAAAAAUGUUCUUCCAACCGAUACCAGCUAAAGAUAAAAUCACUUUCACGAAUAAAGAAGGUAAAAAGGAAACUGGUAACAAAAUCAGGUUCAGAAAUGGUUUCUGUCACGACGUUUUAACAUCGGUCGAUAUUCAAGAAAUAGUGAAAGCCGGUGGACGAAUUAUUAGAAUAUUAGAUGAAAUUGAAGAAAAAGAGAUUACUACCGAAGAUAGUAAAUCUACACGACUAACACCUAGUCAUUUGGGAUCAUUCGUUUUAUCUCACAGUAAAAAAAUAACUAGAACCGUUAUAACGUUACCGAAACAGUGCGCAUCCAACCUGAUACAUCGAUAA